AUGGCUCGUACAAAGCAAACUGCCCGUAAAUCGACUGGUGGAAAAGCCCCACGUAAGCAACUGGCAACAAAGGCAGCUCGUAAAAGUGCUCCAGCAACAGGAGGUGUAAAGAAACCACAUCGUUAUCGUCCUGGAACAGUGGCUCUUCGUGAGAUUCGUCGUUAUCAGAAAAGCACCGAAUUGUUAAUUCGUAAAUUGCCUUUCCAACGUUUAGUUCGUGAAAUUGCUCAAGAUUUCAAAACAGAUUUGCGUUUCCAGAGCUCAGCUGUUAUGGCGCUUCAAGAAGCAAGUGAAGCUUAUUUGGUUGGCCUGUUUGAAGACACAAAUUUGUGCGCCAUCCAUGCCAAACGUGUCACAAUUAUGCCAAAAGACAUUCAAUUGGCCAGACGCAUCCGUGGCGAACGUGCUUAA